GCCCACCCGGCGGAGCCGAGCGGCGCGCCGAGGCUACAAGUGCCGCGGCUGGGGAGUGGGGGACUUUCUCCUAGAGUCGUGCACCGGCGUGCGCGCAGUGCUGGAGCCGCACCGGGUGGCCAAGGCGGAAGGAAACCUGACUCCUCAUUUGAGGGAUCCUGUCACAGGAAUGUGUGAGUCCUUGGAUAAAUUUGGCUUGGUGACAGCAGUAUGCUUUUUCCAGAGACACUGCCACUUCCUCAGUGCUCCUUUUCUACCCUGACCUGAGUUUCUCAGUGUUAACCCCUGUAGCAAGUGAGAAGAUUUGCCCUUUUCAUACUUCUCUGCUACUUGGGACUCUCUUUCCCUUCUUUUGCCCCUUUUAGGAGGAACUGGGGCUGAGGUGCUGACAGCCAGGGCUGCAAAGAAAAUGGGGACUUUGGAAGCAGCACUCCUGGCAGUACGAUCUUAAUUCCUGUUGGGUUCUUACCUAAAUUUGUUGCUGUUGGCAGAAUUUCUAGAAGCUGCUGGGGGAUUUAACUAGCUCCCAUGGAGCUCCAUUACCUUUCUAAGAAGAGCAGCCAGGCAGACCUGUGCGAUGCCAUGGACCAUAAUUCAGGAGGGCUUCCUGGUGACCCUGUAGAUGUAGCAGCCAUCAGGGCUGCUCUUUGCUGUCAAAAACACUGUACAUCUACACCAAGAUUAUCUGGGAUGGAAGGGUCUAGACUUAGCCCUUCUCCAGCAUCCCCUUCCUCCUGUCUGCAAGACAGUGUUAUUCAGCCAAACUUCUUCCCACCAGGACCCCUUGACUCAGGGAACACCCAAAUAACAGCAGAACGGAAAGUCUGCAACUGCUGCAGCCAAGAAUUAGAAACAUCUUUUACUUAUGUGGAUGAGAAUGUCAACUUGGAGCAGCGGAACCGGAGGUCCCCUUCAGCAAAAGGCAGUAAUCAUCCUGAAGACCUUGGCUGGGGAAAUCCAAGUGAAUGGUCUCAUGAGGCUGCCAUAUCCUUGAUCUCCGAAGAUGAAGAUGACACCAGUUCAGAAGUCACAUCUUCAGGGAAGUCAAUUGACUAUGGUUUCAUCAGCGCCAUCUUGUUCUUGGUCACCGGCAUUUUGCUGGUGAUCAUUUCUUACAUUGUCCCACGAGAAGUGACAGUGGAUCCCAACAGCGUGGCAGCCAGGGAGAUGGAACGUCUAGAGAAGGAGAGUGCAAGGCUGGGGGCUCAUCUGGACCGCUGUGUGAUUGCUGGGCUCUGCCUCCUCACGCUUGGGGGGGUUGUUCUGUCUUGUUUGUUAAUGAUGUCUAUGUGGAAGGGGGAGCUCUAUCGUCGAAACAGAUUUGCAUCUUCCAAAGAAUCUGCAAAACUCUAUGGUUCUUUCAACUUCAGGAUGAAAACCAGCACUAAUGAAAACACCCUGGAGCUGUCCUUGGUAGAAGAAGAUGCUCUCGCUGUGCAGAGUUAAUUGUGAUUAUGGAUUUCUUGAGAUUGCCUUGGUAUUUUAUAAGAAAAAAAAGAUGUUUUUUUUUCCUCCUCAAAAUUAACAGUGCAAUUUAUUUGCCAGCCAGAAAAGUUUAUUUCUCAAACCAAUAGUCAGUGAGUGUUUUGCAUUGCUUCUGUUUAGAAGAAAAACCAUGUAAAUUGCUUAAGAAACCACAACCAGCUACACCUAUCUUUCUGAGAGCUGUAAAUUAAUCUUUAAUGGCUAUGAACUUCUUCUAUAGCAAAAUGCUUCUAAUGACCCAAUAUACAAAUGAUUUCUUUUACACAAAUAGGGAUAUUAUUCUUUGGGUACUAGGAGGUCCCUCAUAUCAUGGGAUCAGUUGGCAACCGAUUUUGUGAAAAAUAAGCACUAAUCACAUAAUAAGGCUAGCAUUUAAUUCUCAAAGGUGCUUAUUCAUUUUCUUGCUGAAGUUUUCUUACUGUAAUUUGUCUAGACAGAAAAAAUACAGAUUUGGGGAUGUGAAUAUUAUUAAGCUUGAGGAUGUUGGUUAUUUUAAAAAAUAUAAAAAUGUCAACUUUAAAAUUAUUCCUGUAUUCAGAAAUGGCAACUACAUACAUCAUUGGGAUAAACUUUCUAAUAAAAACUAUAUAAAUCAUCAUAAAACUAAGGGGAAGUUAAGCCACAGUGUUAAUGCCAGAUAUUCACCAGUGUUACAUGCCAUUUUCCUUGAAAUAAAAUUAGUUAUUAUAAAUUUUAUUUUCUGUUUCUAGUGUUGCCAUCAUCCUAAUACCUGUGCUUUUGAAGUCUUUGCUUGAUCUCACACUAGAGAGGCAGAACAUAAAAUUUUUUAAAUGUGUUUCCGGACACCUAACUUCUAGACAGGUCUGGGUCACCAUUGGCUCUGACAUGCUCCCAGGUGAUAUACUGUUGUUAUCUGGAGCAAACUUCCAGUAUGAUUCCAGCUGGAUCCUUGGGUACUGUGCCUGGCAGGCUGUAUUACUUAGAACAAGUCAUCAUCGCCUCAGGAGUCAUUAAACCCGCAGCCAAAAAAAUCACAAUGGAAAGAGAAAGAACAAAACACCCAUUCAAUGGAAACUGUUCUCAUCACCAGAAUUUGUCUCCUAGCAAAGGUCUAGCCAUCAUUCUGAGCACCUUAUAUUUGAGGCUCCCAGUAAUUGUGCUGGGGGUCUCAAAAUGCCCUAAGGUACUUGGUCUGUGAGAGGCAUGAUGGGCAGUGUGGCCACAACUUUGCAGAACACACACCCAGUCUCCACAUUGACACUCUGCCUCUGUAUAGCAGUUGUUCAGGAAGGUAAUGGAGUAUGCAGCCUCAGGUAUAUCUUGCAUUGCAUGACUGUUCCUUGAGUGUUCCCCACCUCUCACUGUAGAAGUUGUAACUUUUAUUUGAGUGUUAGGAGGAUCAUUGGAGUCAUCUUCAAGAGGACUGGAGCUGGGAAUGCGUGUGAGAAUACAGGACUGAGGGGGUAAGGAAGUGAUUUCUUGUUAGCUUCUGAAGUCCAGCUAAUUUUAACACCUGAAAUUUAUGUUCUGAAGACUGUAAGACAUGGAUGACUUCAGGGGCAAAGUGUGAGAGUCGGGAUGUUUAUGUGGAUGAGCUCUUGUUGAUGUCAGAUUGAUGAGUGGAGUACAUUGUGUUAUAAAGGGUUAAGGUGAGAUGGGAAAAGAGGAUGAGAGAAAACAGGUAGGUAAAAGAACUGAGUGAAAAUGAUUGGUUCUUUGUGCUCUUUGAGAAAAUUUUUUGUUUUCCUGUGGCUUUCCUGUCAUGGUUUGUGUUGAGGUCACCUUACCAGCUGUAUCAACUUUACAUUCUAGAGUUUUAUAAUUGUCCUGUUCUAGCCCACUUGAGCCAUUUUCAAUGAUGUUUAGGCAAGAAGGGAAUAAUCUGCUUGGAUGCGUGAGUUGGUCUGAGCUGUGUUUAAGAAAGCACUUAAAAUACCUUUUAAAAUCCUCCAUGUUUAUUCAUAGAAGCUAAGUGAGAUCAACUGAGUUUUGUUUUUAUUUGUUGGUGAGAGGAUUAAUUUGACAAAUGGUAAAUUAAACUGAAUUAAUUUGUGGCCCAGUUUUCAGUUUUUGAUGGAAUAUGAGUUUGAGAAUCAAGUGUGAAGAAGUCUUUUCAAUUCUAUAAAAUCGAUGAUAAAGGAAAAAAAGUGAAAGCUGACUUGGAACUCUUUAAUGAAUCUUGCCAUGCUACUAAAUUAUAUAAAUGUGGUCUAAAGGCAAUUUUUUUAAAAAAAAAAAAAAGGCUAUUUGGGAAAAGAAUAUACUCAAGGGGAAGAGGUAAAAAGACUAACCAGUUAUAUUUCUUUGUUUCUGAGAAGUUUAAUUUUCCUUCAAACUUAAAAUUGGAAAUUAGUAAGUAAAUGCUUAUUUCAACAUUAUUUAUAUCUGCUCGUGUAUUGAGAACACAUCACUUUUAAGAUUCUACUUUUAUGAAGGCAGACUUUUUCAUCAAAAUGAAUCAAUACAGAAAAUCAUCUGGAUGACUCCUUUAGACUGUGUGGACAUAAUACAGAUAAUUGCCUCCUCUGCUUUCCCCAGAUAUUCUCUUUGUGUUGCCCUCUUCCAUCUUGUCAGUGCCUACAUUCCAGAAGAAGAUUACUUGAAUUUAAAAUGAAGGUCACACAAGCAAAGAAAAGCCUGUAACUAAAUAGACAGUUGGUUCCAACCUGACAGAGUGUUUUUGGUGCUAGAAGUACUUAAGCUAGACUAGGUGAGAAAUGUUGCAGACAUUGAACUGACAAGAGUUAUAGUAUUAGUCUCAGAUUCUUCAUGAAGAUUUAUGACCUUAUAUCUAUCUCUUCAACAUGGUGCUGGUUGUUAUCGAUGAAAGUUUUUAUUGCUAGACCUGAAAAAAACAAAACUUUCAUAGGUCCUAGGCCUUGAAUUUAUUUACCUGGGCUUAGAAGUCUUAACUCAGUCAUCGUCCUUAUCUUAAUAAGACAGUUUCUCCUUUAGCAGUAUGUUCCAACAGUGUGAGGACCAGAAAGAAGGCUGCCUUUCUCUUUACUAUUGGAAUCUGUAUGCUGCUUAUGGACAGUUUAAGCUUCAUAAUAUUUUUAAUAAACCAUUAAAAUAGGACACCUUAAGCUGUUUGUGGUAGAGUUUACAAAGAGUUUUCUUUGCAAUUGGGAGUCAGCCAUUGGGAGCUCCUAAAGCAAACUGUAUACUGGUCUUCUGUAUGAAGAAUGUCUUCUUUCCAUGAGACUGGGGUUGUGGCUCAGUGGUAAAGCGCUUGCCUAGCAUGUGUGAGGCACUGGGUUCAAUUCUCAGCACCACAUACAAAUAAAUAAAAUAAAGAUCCAUUAACAACUAAAAAAAAUAUUUAAAAAAAAGAGUGUCAUCUUUCCAGGUUCCUUGCUGCAUAGUUGAUUGGUGGUUUAGAGGUUUGCAGAACGGCUGUGAACCAUAAAGUUUUUGGUGGCCAAAGGUACUUUUACUCACAUGUCUGCUGUGUCCCCUAAUUCUAUGCUACUUAGGUAUACUUGGUCUUUUCAUCAUAAGCUUUUCUGUCAGAUUAAAAUAUGAGCCCACCCUCCUAAUACUUAUCUGUUUUAGGAACUCAACUCAUAUCUUUCAAGGCACAACUAUAGACAGAGACACUCUCCCACCCAGAUUAUUUGAGCCUUCUCUUUGCACCAUAGGGUGAUAUCAAAUGAGUGAGCCCCAUACCUAUUGAAAAUCGAAAAGUAAGAGUCUAGCUGGGCUUGGUGGUGCAUGCCUGUAAUCCCAAUGAUGUGGAAGGCUGAGGAAGGAGGAUCACAAAUUUGUAGCCAGUCUGAGCAACUUAGUGAAACCCUUUCUCAAAAUUUAAAACAUUAAAAAAAAUAAGGCUGCAGAUGUGGUUUAGUGGUUAAGCACCCCUGGGUUCCUCUGGUACAAAAAAUAAAAAGAAUCAAGGUCUAUAGAAGAAAAGCCCAAGUGGCUCUAUUUUUUGUUUGUUUUGUUUUACUUUGUUACAGGCAAAAAUUCUAAGCAGUUACAUUUGAACAUUUUGGGCGUCAUCUUUCACAUGAUCAAUGGUAAAUAAUACAAAAACCUGGAUUCAUCAUCUAACAUUUUUUUAAAAAGCAUUCUAUUUAUCUGUUAGGAGAAGAUUUCUCAGCCUGAAGGUCAGAUUCCAUUGUAGUAAUUAAUGCUGCCACCAGAAAAUAUGGUCUGACAAGAGAUUAACAAUCUUAGCCAAUGGUUCACCUGCUACAGCAAGAUUUAAUACAUUAACUUGAUUCCACAGCAGCAAAGGGAUAAGACAGAUUCUUACAGUUCUCUGUAAUAGCUUUAACCUUUCCUGGAAUUGGACAUAAAGAAUGACUAUGAUGAGAAGAAUUAAAUGAAAUCUCACUGGCUUUUCCCAGUGUAUAAAGUUUCAUAAGACAGAGAAUUAACACACCGUCAUUCAACUGAUUUUUACCUGUAUCAUUUUAUGGUCCACAUAGUAUUCUAUAAUGUUCUCUUCUAACGCAUGAAAAUGAACAUAUAUCUUGGGAAGUCAUUUGUCUGACUAUAGCAUCGACACCGUAAAAAGAAGUUAUUUGGAACAUGUAAAACUGAUUUCAAAAAAUCUGUGGCUUACACAUAAGAGUAUACUUGUGGUUUAUGUUUGCUAAUGUGCAAGUUUGUGUGCACAUGUCUAUGUAGGAUAUAUUUUAUAGUCAUGGAACUUUAAUAUCCAAAAGCAAUUGUUAGAAUAAUUUUCUUAUAGGAAUUGGGUAUGCCUUAAUGUUGACUGUAAGAACAAGAGUCCUUUCACAGGUCAUGAAUGAAGAAUUUGGAAUCAACCUCAGAAUGAGAUGUCAUAAUUAUAUAAAUCUAUUUUGGUUGUACAGCAUCCCAGAAAUGUUUACUGAGGUUUUUUUUUUAUUUCAGAGUCAUGUAACUGUGGCAUAUUCAAAAUUAUUUUAACAUGAAUUAUGAUUUUAUUACAGGGAAAUAUGGGCAGCAUAUUCCCUUGCUCCAAGUUUUACUAACUCUCCUGUUUUAGGAACAGCCGGCCUUGUUUCCCCCUCUGCCACCUUUAUGGUUUCUACCCAGGCUUCAAACAAAUGUCAUGUAAGAAAUCAAAGAUGGGUAAUUCCUUUAGGUUGUAUUUAGAGUUUUUACUCUGUGGUUCUUGUUGUGUUUUUAAUUCUCUUGCCAAACAAAAAUAAUUUGGUGUUGCUUGUUUGCUUUUUGAUAUUAUAAGCAGCGAUUAUCAAGGUUUUAAGCUUUUUCUUAUGGCAUCUGAUGCUUUAUAUAUUAAUAGCAAGUGCAUCAUGUCAUUUUAAAAUAAAACUAUUUAUUAAGA